AUGACCUGGAAAGAUCCCGUCAUUGGAUGCAGGCCAGUCACCAUUCUUGGUGUUGGUAUCCUUGAUCGCCGUAUCGCUUGCAGCUUUGUAGCUGGCGGCUACAGCGUCCAUAUCCGAGACCCAUCUGCCGAGGUACGUCAGGCUGCUGUUCAGUACCUUGGCGAUAACAAGAGACAGUAUGCCAGGAACAUUCCCGGCGAUGCUAACGCUGUUCAGCCUGGUGCGUAUGGAACAAUUGAGGACAUGGCUGCAGCUGUUAGAAACGCCUGGCUCGUUGUUGAAGCAGUGCCUGAGAAUAUUGAGGUCAAGAUCAACUCAUUUGUAGAGCUGGAUCGUUUGGCCCCUUCUGAUUGCAUACUGGGCUCCAACAGCUUACCCUUAAACAUCCGAACGGUUGAGCUCAUGACAGAUGGCGAGACCUACCCCGCCAUCUUUCACUUUCUGAAUGAAAUCCUGUCCAAGUGUGGCAUGCUGCCUGUGACCGCAAGAAAGGAGUCGACCGGGUUUAUUUCCAACCGGCUCUGGGCCGCAAUCAAGCGUGAUAUUCUUGUCAUUCUUGUGGAGGGUCUCAUGGGCUGUGUAGGCUUCGACACGGUGGCGUUCACUGAAAACAACUACAUUCAGGAACGCAGUCUUGACGGGUCGGUCAUGUCGGCUCGGCUGGAUGGGAGCGAUGUUCAAAUUGUCAUUCCUAAUGGGUGCGUACAUCGGGUAGGCCACGACGGCAGCAACCACGAGGCUUUGGUUCAAAGAUCGGCGCCGGCCAAUGGCGAUUCCACUCUCUUGUCAUCCCUGAGUUGGUGUGUUGGUAUCGCUGUCGACACCAAGGCUGGCAAGAUCUAUUGGACACAAAAGGGUUUAAGUAAGUCAUUGCGGAGCGGAAUUUUCAGGUCAGGCAUAGGGAUUCCGUCCGGUCAGACGGCCUCCAUCCAGUCUGAUAUUGAACUCUUGUUCGAUAAUCUUCCUGAGUCCAUCGACCCCGAGAUUGAUUUUGAAACCCGAACACUGUACUGGACGGAUCGCGACGAGCAUCCGAGAGGUUAUUCCUUAAAUCAAGCCUUCGUUGGCAAUAACAAGGGCGUGCCAGAGAUUUUAGCUCAUCGGGUUGAGCUCAACUUGGAGCACUGUCAAGUUCUCGAAUAG